AUAUUAAUAGAGUUAAAAGUCAGACUGUGGGUUGGCAGGAGCGGUUUUCGAUGCUGGUUGAUGUAUAUUGUGUAUAGAAGCAACCAAUACUACCACGAUCACCAUCAUCAAUGCGGCGCGGCGAGAAGAACUCGGAAGCCCGCAUGCUCUCGCUCAGAGUCAGAACUCCAUCCAUAGUCGGAGCUGCUGCCAAGUGACUGACCAGUAUCCGACUGGCAGCGGUUCGAUCAAGAACAAUCUUUCCGAGCGUACGUGGUUCCUGAUCGUUUGUUAUGGUGCCGUUGUUGUUUUAAGUGGGUGAUUGCGAAAUUUUGGGAAGUUGUUCUGUUGGACAGCCAAUGAGCAGUUGGAUUCAGUGAAUGGUAUUGUAAAUGUUUAUGACAUCUCUUUAGUGUUAUCCGCUCCACUCGGUGAUGCGCUGUUGGAUUUGUUGUGUUUCGUUUUGAGGAAGAAUCUACCUGUGUGACCAAAUGAGUGUCUGUUGAUGCAAAGCAGCAAGGACUGCCGAAGAUCUUGCGAAAACAAAAAUUUCAGAUGCAUGCGUCAGUGCAGUGGAGUGUUGAACAAAUCUGGCUAGUUUAAGAUCAAAGAUCAGCAUGUUGCCCUGGCAGUACGUCUAGUGUGUGGUGAGUGAGGCAGUAUAAUGAAAGUGAAUAAAGUGCAGUUUUGAGAAACAAGUUUUACUGGUCGAGUAGGGGGUGUACAUAUUUGGUCCGAGCCACAUGCUAGUUAGAUCAUUGUGCUGCAUGGAAAACCAAACAGAACUUUUGGGACUGCAAGCGUGAGCUGUUUUAAAUUUGUGCUUCCAACGACUCUCGUGCAAAUGAGGAGGGUAUAUGCUGUCGAGAAGAGCUGCCGAAGAAAAACGGAAAACAUAAGGAAAGAAAAGUGCUCAUUGCCGUUGUCUUGUCGUCAUCACCACUGUUGAUGGUUAGAAGGCCCUCCCUCGGAGCAGACGGGGAAGAAAAAUUGUGAACAUCACAGAAACGAGACGAGGAGAGUGCCACUGCGCCGUGUCUGUCCCAGAAAGGCAUUACUUCGGACUCUACUUCAGGAAGAAGAGCGUUUUGCUGGUGUUGUUGUGGCUAAAAAUAAAGUGUUUUAUGUAAAACCGAAAUGCAGCAAAUUGUCGUCCGGAGCUAAUCUAGCAAUAGACGGUGUGAGUUGUGAAGUGUGACGUGAUUAGGGGAGGAAAGACGUUUACGAGAUCAGAGCGAACGUGAGUGCAUGAGUAGUGCGCGAUCCAACCGACACGUGCUGCUGAGUUGUGAAUGCAGUAUUGACUCGUUGGAACCGCACGUAACCACAUCAAUUUUCUUUAUUGCUGACAAAAGAAACUGAUAGCAUCGAACAUUCGAACCACAAGUUGGUCCCUCGAGCUGACCGCGGCUACACUUAUGACCCUGCACCCUGCAACGGACAACCCCAUCUAGACGAUGCUGCCGUGAGUCUUGAAAAACCAGAUCUAUGAGUGGAAAUCGGUGGCUUCACUUGGAAUCAUUGCACUAUAGUAAACCGACAGUAGCGGUUGCACGCCGUCACAGAAACGGAAGCCACAGGGAGGGACAACGCCCCCCUCCAUCCGACGGGUUAUGACGAAGCUCAUUGUGCUCAACGUGCUGGGCACACUGGUUGGACCGUUAUUGGUGCUGACGUUUCUGCUAUCAUCACUGGAUAGCUGUGUAGGGCAGCGCGAAUCGCAACUGCGGCUGGGGAAAGCAAUCAACAUCUUCAUCCGGUAUGGCUAUCUGUCGAUAUCGAUGAAGGUGAUCUCGUACAAUGAUAGCGAGACGUGGCUGUUCAAGGAACCGACUAAAAACAUUUUCAAGGGCCUCAACCAAGUGAAGACCGAAGAGUACGAGGUCAAACCGGGCGUCUUCAAUGGCGACUUUCAUAUGGAGUUCUGCGACAACAAACGCCAACUGUUUCAGGCGUACUUCAGAGACUUUCAAAUCGAACGACUAGACAGCCCGUGGAGGGCCUACACCGAAGGCUGGCACACGGAAAUCGCUGCCAAAAAGCUAGGAAUCCAAAGCAAAUACCUCGAUCGGGACGACUACUGCUACGUGCUGGUACGGGUGUCGCGGUUUCGAGAUAGCGCCAAAUUCACCAAGCCCAUUCCGCCGAAUCAGGUGCUGGAAAGUGACGUACAGCGGAAGAUCCAAACGGUAACGGUCGGCGAUACGACGUCGGCCGUGCAGUUCAUGAACAAGUACGGAACUCACUAUAUCAAUUCGUACGUGACAGGAAAUUCGCUGUAUCAGGUGUUUGUGUUCAACAAACGCAACUACGCGCAUAUCAAGGAGAAGCUGAAAUCGCGAGGCGUUUUGGCACUGUCCAAAGUUGAUCUGUACGAUCAUUUCGCACCGUGGUACGUGGAGCACAUGGGCAAGAUCCGGUGCGCUAGCGGGAACACCACUGUAGAGGCAUGGGCUUCUCGGAAGCUGCGGUUGUCGUACUAUGUAUUCACGUACAGCAGUUUGCUGAAGCUGCACGGGGACGGCGCUCUGCUGAGGAUAUUGAGCGAACUGCUGCAGAAUGAAGCCAUCUUGCAGCUAGAUUUGAAAUCACUCAGCGUGAUAUUCAAAGAGCCCCAGAAAAGGGCAUGGUUCGAAGAGAUACUGGACAACUAUCUCAAACUGUGGGAGGUCAAUAUGUAGUCAAGUAAUGCAAGAAAGCUCCUUAAAGUCCUAUGUGGUUAGAGUAAGCUAGUUGACGAAUAAGUAGGAAUUUUAACAUAUGUAUGUAGGUAAGCCACAUGCGCGUUUGUCGUGCAAUGAAAGUAUUUAUUGAGAGAAUGUUUGGGAGACGAUUUCUAAUGUUUGACUAAUACAUUGUAUGCGCUACAGUGAAUACAAACUGUAGCAGUGGACAAAUUUUCCAAACAAAGCAAUGAUCGUUGUUUAAUGGUACACGAACUUUUGUUGUGGUCAAAUAUUUCCUAUAAACUACAACAAACCCAGUGGCAGUCUAUUCUGCAUAUUUAUAUCCACGAGAAACGUCUGAACAUCAAAACAUUGAAUCGAUCUUUACUUCACUUGAUUGCUUGAAGCUUAAGCGUGUCUCCUAGGAUUUCGAAGAAAAUCAGUCCAGUGACUAAUAAUUUGGGAAUGAGGUUUAUUUUUCAAUUGAUAAAGAUUUUCAAAACAAUUCAGAACAUUUCCAUAUAAUUUCUUCAAGGUUGCAGAUGGAAAAACUAUUUGCUUAACGGACUCUUCUUCUUCCUUCCCAAAUCGCCAUCAGACACGGCUGAAUUCGUUGCGAACAAAAAUAAAAAUGCAAACACGUGCGCUUCCCAAAGAGACAAACAAGCUAAAGCUGAAUGCUAAGUCAAGUAUACAUCAACAUGAUCCAACUAAAAAAAAAUACAAACACAUCUUGGAUAAGGACUCUUAUUUAACUUCUGCUAUUAUUACUAGCAGUUAAGUGCCAAGCAAUCCAAUGUACACAGGUGGAACAGUACACGAUUAAGUGGACGGCAAACAAUUAGACGAGGACGAAACAAAAAGCAAUCAAUUUCAAACUACUUCACUGCUGUGAUAGAUUAGAUAAUAACUCUAAGUAAGAUUCCCCUUUGCCGACCUUGGGAAGCAUGUCAGAAGAAAAAAAUAAAUAGAACGGAGAAGAUUAGGAAGCACCAUGAUGCCGGAACAGAAUCUAGAAUUGGCCGACAAAUCCCGAUUAUUUCAGCAGGCAGCGACGUGCAAUGAAAUCAGAUGUUCCUUCGGUUUGUAGAGCUCACGAUCUGUAAGAGUAGAAGGCUAUCAAAUGAGGGGGAUGAGCAUUUAAUUUGCCCGUAAUCGGAAAGCUAGAAGGGAAAUAAUCAUUAGCGAUAGAGCGAAUAGAGAAUCAAUGUGUAAUUAGACGUGAGCUAGCGAGCUAUUAGUCUUUCAUUGAGCAUGUAAAUAUAAGAUAAACACUAAUAAAAAAAACAGCUUUAAUCUUGUAUGAUUA